UCCCUGUCAAGCACAGACCAACACCGAAUCUCUAAAAAUGUUCCUGGGUGUGCUGCUGCUGCUGCCUCUGCUGGCCGAAGGGUUGUUCUUCAACGACCUCUUCUGCAAACUGCCUGAUGCCUCGACUGAGAGCCUCAACAUCACCACGGCAGAGAAGACGUGGUACACGCAGUACCAGUACAACAUCCCAGGUGCAUCGCUGCUCGGCUGUCUCGUUGUGACGCAGUCGCCGCGUGAGAGCAGCGACGAAAUGAACAUCAAUGGGACGUUCAGCAGGGUGCCACUUCUUCCUGUGAAUGCUGUCGGCAAAUUCACCGGCAACCGCAUGGAUACGGAAGUGGACGGCAUUUGGGACCUCCCGUUGAGCGGCCCGCAUAACGUCGUCUACACCGACGACGAGAUCUUCAUUGAACAUCUCUGCGUGUCGGGAAUCGAGAAUUCCUUUAUUCUGACGACCGAAGAGACUCUCAGUGAGGAACUGGAGGCUAGGAUCUGGGAAAUCGUCGAGAAUCAUCCCGAGGUCAGCAAGUCGAAGUACGUGAAGACCGUCUGCUGAUGUCCCUACGAGUCAAACCUACGAAUAUACUAUUUGUGACAAAUAAAUACUGAUUUCGGCUUAA